GCCAUCUUAUAUGCUUCUGUCUAACUGUCAGAAAAAACACCCCAUAAUGUACAUAAAAUACAAAUUUUUAAAUUAUUCGUUUUGUACUGAGCAUGUGUUUUAGGCCACGCCUCGGUCUAAGAAGGAUCACGAAACAAGUUCAAAAAUGGCUUACUCGACAGCAAUACCCAAUGAGUACGGCCUCAGUUGGGGUCCAGUAUCACGAAGCACCAGACAAAUCAGAAGGUGACCGAAAACAUUACCGUGCCCUGACCUUAUCGAAUGGAUUACGUGCUAUGCUAAUAUCGGAUUCUUAUACUGAUGAGCCCUCAAUUCAUCGUGCUUCCAGCGAAAGUUUGAAUUCCUCUAUCGAGCAUUUCCACGGAAAAUUGGCGGCAUGUGCAGUACUUGUUGGCGUUGGAUCAUUCAGUGAACCGCGACAAUAUCAGGGAUUAGCACAUUUUGUGGAACAUAUGAUAUUUAUGGGAUCUGAGAAAUUCCCCGUGGAGAAUGAAUUCGAUUCGUUUGUGACUAAAAGCGGAGGCUUCAGUAAUGCGCAUACUGAAAAUGAAGACACUUGCUUUUACUUUGAGGUGGAUGAAGCUCACCUGGAUAGGAGUAUGGAUCUAUUCAUGAACUUAAUAAAGGCUCCACUAAUGCUUCCUGAUGCCAUGAGUCGCGAACGCUCUGCCGUGCAGUCGGAGUUCGAACAGACCUAUAUGCGAGAUGAGGUGCGGAGAGAUCAGAUCCUGGCGAGCUUAGCUAGUGAGGGGUAUCCACAUGGCACAUUCAGUUGGGGUAAUUUUAAGACCCUUCAAGAGGGCGUGGAUGACAGCAAGCUGCACAAGGAGCUUCACAAGUUCUGCCGAGAUCACUACGGCUCCAACCGAAUGGUAGUUGCAAUUCAAGCUCAGCUGUCGUUGGAUGAGUUGGAGGAAUUGCUUGUUCGUCAUUGUGCAGAUAUUCCUACCAGCCAGGCGAAUCCCAUUGACGUUUCCCAGUUUAAUUACCAGAAAGCCUUUCGAGAGCAAUUCUACAAGGAUUUAUUCCUAGUUCAGCCGGUUGAAGAUGUGUGCAAGCUGGAGCUGACUUGGGUGUUACCCCCAAUGAAGAACUUUUAUCGCAGCAAGCCGGAUAUUUUUAUUUCCCAACUCCUUGGUUAUGAGGGAGUUGGAAGUCUAUGUUCUUACCUGCGACAUCGUCUCUGGUGCAUUAGCGUUAUGGCAGGAGUUGGUGGAAGUAGCUUCGACUCCAACUCAAUAUACUCCUUAUUCAAUAUAUGUAUAUAUUUGACAGACGAUGGGUUCGAGCACAUGGACGAGGUGUUAGAAGCCACAUUUGCGUGGAUUAAGCUUCUAAUUAAUAGCGAUCAACUUCAAGCUUCCUACAGGGAAUUUCAGCAAAUUGAAAAUAAUAAUUUUCGAUUUCAAAUCGAGCUACCCUCUAUUGACAAUGUUCAAAGCAUUGUUGAGAGCUUCAACUACCUGCCUUCAAAAGAUGUACUCACAGGACCUCAGCUAUAUUUUCAGUACGAGGAAUCAGCUAUUGAGCUUCUAAGACAGCAUCUAAAUAAAUUUAAUUUUAAUAUAAUGAUCUCAUCCUAUAUACCAUAUGAAGAAAAUGAUUACGACCAGAAAGAACCUUGGUUUGGAACUCAAUUCAAAACCAUCUCUAUGCCCUCAAAAUGGCAAACUAUGUGGGAACAGCCAGCGACUUUAAACGAGUUGCAAUAUCCGCAACCGAACCCCUUUGUAACCACGGAUUUUACAAUACAUUGGGUAGAAUCAGGAAAACCACAUAUUUCCAGAAGUCCGAAGUCCUUGAUCAGAAAUGAUUUAUGCGAACUGUGGUUUCGCCAGGAUAACAUUUUCAAACUUCCAGAUGGGUAUAUAAACCUGUACUUUAUCACUCCCUUAGUUCGUGAAAAUGUUAAGCAAUAUAUGUUGGGAGUACUUUUUACCUAUUUAGUGGAGUUCCGAAUGGCCGAACAAUUAUACCCGGCAUUGGAGGCUGGUCUAACUUAUGGCCUAUACAUCGGUGAUAAAGGAUUGGUUAUGCGUGUCAGUGGCUACAAUGAAAAGCUUCCCCUGUUGGUAGAAAUAAUAUUAAACAUGAUGAAAACUAUCGAGCUGGAUACUGACCAAGUGAAUGCAUUUAAAGAUCUUAAGAAGCGACAAAUUUAUAAUGCUCUAAUAAACGGAAAAACUCUCAAUCUUGACUUGCGACUUAGCAUUUUGGAAAACAAGCGUUUUAGCAUGAUUUCAAAAUACGAAGCCGUUGAUGAUAUAACCAUAGAGGACAUAAAAACCUUUAAAGAUAAUUUUCAUAAAAAAAUGUAUGUAAAAGGUUUAGUACAGGGAAAUUUUACGGAAGAUCAAGCCAAAGAGUUAAUGGAGAAAGUACUUUUCGCAUAUAAAAGCGAAAGUGUGGACAAUCUAUCGGCCUUGGAUAAUCACUUACUGCAAAUCCCAUUGGGAUCACACUAUUUAAGAGCUAAAACGCUUAAUGAGGAGGAUUCGAAUACAAUUAUAACCAAUUACUACCAAAUAGGGCCGAGUGAUCUGAAACUGGAAUGUAUCAUGGAUUUGGUGGAAUUAAUUGUAGAGGAGCCGUUUUUCAACCAAUUAAGGACUCAAGAGCAAUUGGGCUACAGCUUGGGAAUUCAUCAACGAAUUGGCUAUGGUGUGUUGGCCUUUCUAAUCACAAUAAAUACCCAGGAGACGAAACAUCGGGCGGAUUACGUGGAGCAACGUAUCGAAGCUUUUCGGUCUCGAAUGGCUGAACUUGUCCUACAGAUGAGUGAUGCAGAGUUUUUGAACAUACGAGAAACUCUAAUUAGUGGAAAGAAGCUGGGCGACACAAGUUUGGAUGAGGAGGUCUUGAGAAACUGGAGUGAAAUUGUCACCAGAGAAUACUUUUUUAAUCGAAUAGAAACGCAGAUACAAACGCUGGGUAAUUUAUCAAAGGAGGAUGUUUUAAACUUCCUUUAUGAUUAUGAUAAAAAUAAUUUAAGAAAACUCUCUGUUCAAGUGGUUGGAAACCAUACUAAAACUUCUGAUUCGACAGCCCAAGCCAGUCGUUCCGGUUCCUUGAGUAACUUAUUAGACGAUGUUCAGGACGAUAUUGCAAAUGAAUGGGUUUCAGCUAAGCCAUUGACCGAUAAGAUCAGACUUGAGUUUUUAGGAGAGAGCGAUGACCCUUCAAGCAUUAAGGAUAUUUAUGCCUUUAAAAAGUCUCUAUAUGUCUUUCCGCUGUUCAACACCAAUCCCAAUCUUGCAAAAAAAUAAAAUCAUAACUUCCAAUAAAUCUAGUUCGAUUACCACUGUUUAAAAGACUA